AUGGCAGAGAACGCUGAGGUGACCCAAUCACCCUCCCCGUCAAACGAUAAUUCGGCUCCGGCGGACCAUCCUUCUUCCACCACGGCGCAUGCGCAGGCAGCCCACCACCACGGCCACGAGGGCACCUUUGUGCGACCGUCAGACUUGCUUCGCCCCAAGACAACAUCUCGACCGAGUGCGCCUACGCAACCCGAUCGACCCAUAGACCGAGAUCAAAGAGCUGGCCUGAAGGCGAUCCGAGACUUUCUGCGAAUCCGCAACUGCUACGAUGUAUUACCCUUGAGCUUCAGACUCAUUGAGCUGGACGUUGGGCUCACGGUCAAAGAGAGUUUGAAUAUUAUGGUACAAUGUGGGAUCGUUUCUGCCCCGUUAUGGGAUUCCUCCACCUCCACCUACGCCGGCCUGCUCACGGUCAACGACUACUUGAACGUCGUGCGAUAUUACAACCUGCAUGCCGACAAGCUCAAAGACGUGGACAAGUUACUUCUCAGCGACUUGAAAGAUGUCGAGAAGUUCCUGGAUGUCAAGCCUCCCGAGACAGUCUCGGCUUCUCCAGAAGCAAUUCUAUUCGACGCUCUACGCAAACAACUCAUCUCUCGUGCUCGCCGAAUACCGCUGGUCUCAUAUGACAGCGACACCCAGCGCACAAUGGUAACCAGUGUCAUCACGCAAUACAGAAUCCUCAAGUUCAUCGCAAUGAACGUGAAGGAGACCGACAUGCUGAGGAAAUCUCUCGCGAUGAUCAAACUCGGAACAUACGGGAACAUCGUCCGUUGUACACUGGACACAACAGUCUUGGAUGUAAUAGACGAAAUGGUCAUGAAGAAUAUAUCGAGCGUUCCCGUUGUCACGACCGAAGGCAUCCUCCUGAACGUUUUCGAAGCAGUCGAUGUGAUUGAGAUUCUCAAGACCGGAGACUAUGGCAACCUUACAUGGACCAUCGGUAGGGCGCUCUCGGCGCGUUCGCCCAAUCACCCCGGAAUAUAUUGCUGCUCGUUAGACGACGGUCUGGACACUAUCUUCGAAACGAUCAAACGAUCCCGAGUCCAUCGAUUGAUGAUCGUGGAUGACAACAAUUACCUUAAGGGCGUUUUGUCACUCAGCGACAUUCUGCAUUACCUGCUGGUGGAAGGACAGGAGGAAACGGAUCAGACUUGA